GGGGCGAUACAUGUAAAAAAAAAAAAAAUCGAUUUUUUCUUUUUUUCAUAAAUCGUUAGAAUAACAUCUCAAAAAUAUGCCUGUAAAUAUUCAAAACAAAAUUAUCAUUAUUUAUACAUUAAAAACUCAUUUAAGUGCCACGCCUCAACUCGACGCUUGAGUGCUAUUGUACUCUGUAACUGAGCGCUCGAUUCUCGCUACCUGCGUUUCGAAUGUAGAUUCUUGGGGUCUAUUGUAUGAUCGAACCGGGUCAGCAGAUGUUCCAAAAACCUUUUUUUUCUUUAAUUCUAGGUAUACAAGGACUAUAUAGUUAACAUAAAAUACUUAAAACCAGUGUUGCCGUUAUUUUAGUUCAGUUCAGUAUACUUCUGGCAUUCGUUUUGUGCGGAGUAAAUUAAUAAGUUAAAUAAAAAUGCAGUCUUAUCCUAAAAAUAAAAGAAAUAUAUCAACCCGUAGUGCGAAACCACGAAAAAGACAGUUUUAUGGAAAUCAACACUCUAAUAAAAAUGAAGAAAAUACGGAAGCGCAAAGUACAAGUGCGAGAAAACUCUCUAACGCUGACGAAGAAAAUUAUCAUUACAGUCCGCUUCUAGGCUAUCGAUUUAUCGAGUUUUUUACCGUGUUUACAGCAUUGUCAGAGAUUUUGAUAUGUCGUGAUUGUAAAUUACCUGUGAAAUUUGAAGAAAGUGCUAACAGAGGUUUAGGUUUUAAAAUCGUCGUGAUAUGCAAGUGUGGCCUCAAAAACAUUUCUUCUGGACCAUUAAUCAAUAAUGGAUUUGAAGUAAAUCGCAGAAUAGUGUUAGUCAUGCGUCUUUUAGGUGUUGCUAGAGAGGGAAUUAACUUAUUUUGUAAUAUGAUGGACAUUUGUAAUGGUAUAUCUGAAAGUACAUACAAUGCUAUCAUCUCGCUGUUACACACCACUACACAGUCGUUAUUUCAAGCUUCUUGUGUAAAAGCUGUCGGCGAAGAAAAACGUGAGAACGAAAAGCAUGAGCGGCCAAUCUUAAAUUUAAAAGUUUCUGGGGACGGUACAUGGAAAAAGCGGGGUUUUAAAUCGAUGUAUGGGGUCACAACCCUUAUUGGAUAUUACUGUGGUAAAGUAAUUGAUUUAGCCGUUAAAAGUAGUUUCUGUGCAGGUUGUGCUCGUUGGAAAAAUAAAACUAACACUGAAGAAUAUCGUGAGUGGUUCGAAGAACAUGAACCAAACUGCCAAGAAAACCAUAAAGGUUCUUCUGGUGCUAUGGAAGUCGAAGCUGUAAAGGAAAUGUUUUCACGAUCUGAAGAAUUAUUUGGUGUCAAAUACGGAAACUACAUAGGAGAUGGAGAUUCAAAAACCUUCAAAGGAAUUCUUGAUUUGAAUCCGUAUGGCGACGAAUUUCGAGUUGUGAAAAGUGAAUGCAUCGGCCAUGUUCAGAAGAGGAUGGGUACUCGUCUCCGAAAAACUAAAAGAGACAAUCAUCUGGGCGGAAGAGGUAAAUUGACGGAAGCAUUAAUUAAAAAAUUAUCGUUAUAUUACGGAUUGGCCAUUCGAAGAAACGUUAAUAGUGUAAAAGACAUGAAAGAUGCGAUCAUGGCCACUUACUAUCACAUGUGCUCUACAGAUGAUAAACCAAGUCACGAGUACUGUCCAUCUGGUUCCGAUAGCUGGUGCAAGUGGCGCAAAGCUGAAGCUUUAGGAGAAAAUCCCAAAGAAAUUAAACAUCCAACUCCAUUACAUCCUGAUGUUCAACCUCAUAUUAAGCCAAUUUUUGACGAUUUAUCUCGGGAUGACUUGCUUGAAAGAUGUUUAGGAGGUCACACUCAGAAUGCAAAUGAAAGUUAUAAUUCUACUGUCUGGCGCCUCUGUCCAAAACAUCUCAACUCUGGACGGAAGAUCGUAGAGAUUAGUGCUUUUAUAUCUGCAGGGUUGUUCAAUGAUGGGUUAAAUUUUAUCUUACAACUUAUGAACUCACUGCAAAUUGUUAUUGGCCGCCAAUCCAUGUCAUAUAAAGAGAAAAUCGAUGAGCAAAGAGUGAAUCGAGAAAAUCGCCGCAGCUCUUUGACCACCAAACAAGCUCGUCAAGCAUGUCUGCAGGAACUUGCAAAGAAAAACGAGUUCCUUGAACGUACCGAAGGACUUCUAUAUGGCCCUGGAAUCGCUGAUUAAUCGAUCACCGUACGAAAAGUGAGAACGCCCGCAAAUUGAUGGCUUUUUCCGAGAGGGUCUUGGCAGAUUUAUUUUUACGGCAGCCUUUUAAAAAAAAAAUAAAAAAAAAUUUUUUUUGUGUAUUUUAAUAUAUAAUAAAUAACCCUAAAAAAGUUCAAAAAGAUUCAGUCAUUCCUUCCCAGUUUAAAAAGUCCUUAAAAAACGGUAAAAAUUAAGGCGAUUAC